AUGGUCACCUCUGCCACCCUCUUCUGUUGGUUGAGACAGAGGUCGUCCGGAUUCCAAGUGGGCGAGCAGUGCCAGCAUUGCGGGGGCCGCUUCAGAUUAACUGGAUCUUCUGGGUUUGUAACAGAUGGACCUGGAAAUUAUAAAUAUAAAACGAAGUGCACAUGGCUCAUUGAAGGACAGCCAAAUAGAAUAAUGAGACUCCGUUUCAAUCAUUUUGCUACAGAGUGUAGUUGGGACCAUUUAUAUGUUUAUGAUGGGGACUCAAUUUAUGCACCACUAAUUGCUGCCUUUAGUGGCCUGAUUGUUCCUGAAAGAGACGGCAAUGAGACUGUCCCUGAGGUUGUUGCCACAUCAGGUUAUGCCCUGCUGCAUUUUUUUAGUGAUGCUGCUUAUAAUUUGACUGGAUUUAAUAUCACUUACAAUUUUGACAUGUGUCCGAAUAAUUGCUCAGGCCGAGGAGAAUGUAAGAUCAGCAAUAGCAGCAACACUGCUCAGUGUGAAUGUUCUGAAAACUGGAAAGGUGAAGCAUGUGACAUUCCUCACUGUGUAAAUAACUGUGGUUUUCCUUAUCGAGGCAUCUGCAAUUCCAGUGAUGUCAGAGGAUGUUUCUGCUUCUCAGAGUGGCAGGGUCCUGGAUGUUCAAUUCCUGUACCAGCUAACCAGUCAUUUUGGACUCAAGAGGAAUAUUCUAACCCAAGGCUCCCCAGAGCCUCUCACAAAGCUGUGGUCAAUGGAAAUACAAUGUGGAUUGUUGGAGGAUAUAUGUUUAACCACUCAGAUUACAGCAUGGUUCUAGCGUAUGACCUUGCUUCUAGGGAGUGGCUUGCACUGAACCGUUCUGUGAACAAUGUGGUUAUUAGAUAUGGCCAUUCCUUAGCAUUAUACAAGGAUAAAAUUUACAUGUACGGAGGGAAAAUUGAUUCAACGGGGAAUGUGACCAAUGAGCUGAGGGUGUUUCAUAUUCACAAUGAAUCGUGGGUGUUGUUGGCUCCAAAAGCCAAGGAGCAGUAUGCAGUGGUUGGGCACUCAGCACACAUCGUCACGCUGAAGACGGGCCGGGUGGUCAUGCUGGUCAUCUUCGGGCACUGCCCUCUCUAUGGGUAUAUAAGCAGUAUACAGGAAUAUGACUUGGAUAAGAAUACGUGGAGUAUAUUACAUACCCAGGGUGCCCUUGUCCAAGGGGGUUAUGGCCAUAGCAGUGUCUAUGACCACAGGACCAGAGCAGUCUAUGUUCAUGGAGGCUACAAGGCUUUCAGCGCCAAUAAAUACCGGCUCGCAGAUGAUCUCUACAGAUACGAUGUGGACACCCAGAUGUGGACCAUUCUUAAGGACAGCCGAUUUUUCCGUUACUUGCACACAGCUGUGAUAGUGAGUGGAACCAUGCUGGUGUUUGGAGGAAACACACACAAUGACACAUCCAUGAGCCAUGGCGCCAAAUGCUUUUCUUCAGAUUUCAUGGCUUAUGACAUUGCUUGUGACCGCUGGUCAGUGCUUCCCAGACCUGAUCUGCACCAUGAUGUCAACAGAUUUGGCCACUCAGCAGUCCUACACAACAGCUCCAUGUAUGUGUUUGGUGGCUUCAAUAGUCUCCUCCUCAGUGACAUCCUGGUAUUUACCUCGGAACGGUGUGAAGCACACCAGAGUGAAGCUGCUUGUCUAGCAGCAGGACCUGGCAUCCGGUGUGUGUGGGACACAGGGUCAUCUCAGUGUAUUUCCUGGGAGUUAGCAACAGAAGCACAAGAAGAAAAGUUAAAAUCAGAAUGUUUUUCCAAAAGAACUCUUGACCAUGACAGAUGUGACCAACACACGGAUUGUUACAGCUGCACAGCCAACACCAAUGACUGCCACUGGUGCAACGACUAUUGUGUCCCUAAGAACCACAGCUGCACGGAAGGCCAGAUCUCCAUUUCCAAGUAUGAGAACUGCCCCAAGGAUAACCCCAUGUACUACUGUAACAAGAAGACCAGCUGCAGGAGCUGUGCCCUGGACCAGAACUGCCAGUGGGAGCCCCGCAAUCAGGAGUGCAUCGCCCUGCCUGAAAAUAUCUGUGGCAGUGGCUGGCAUUUGGUUGUGAACAUGUGUUUGAAAAUUUCUACUGCCAAGGAGACUUAUGACACCGCUAAAUUGUCCUGUAGGAACCACAAUGCCCUUUUGGCUUCUCUUACAACCCAGCAGAAGAUAGACUUUGUUCUUAAGCAGCUGCGAAUAAUGCAAUCAUCGCAGAGCAUGACCAAGCUGACCUUGACCCCAUGGGUUGGCCUUCGGAAGAUCAAUGUGUCCUACUGGUGCUGGGAAGAUAUGUCCGCAUUCACAAAUAGUUCGAUACAGUGGAUGCCGUUUGAGCCCAGUGAUGCUGGAUUCUGUGGAAUCUUAUCAGAACCCAGUACUCGGGGCCUGAAGGCUGCAACCUGCAUCAACCCACUCAAUGGUAGUGUCUGUGAAAAGCUGGCGAACCACAGCACCAAGCAGUGUCGGACACCGUGUGCCUUGAGGACGGCAUGUGGAGAGUGCACCAGUGGCAGCUCCGAGUGCAUGUGGUGCAGCAACAUGAAGCAGUGUGUGGACUCCAAUGCCUACGUGGCCUCCUUCCCUUAUGGCCAGUGUAUGGAGUGGUAUACCAUGAGCAGCUGUCCCCCUGAAAAUUGUUCAGGCUACUGUACCUGUAGUCAUUGCUUGGAGCAACCAGGCUGCGGCUGGUGUACUGAUCCCAGCAAUACUGGCAAAGGGAAAUGCAUAGAGGGCUCCUAUAAAGGACCAGUGAAGAUGCCUUCUCAGGCCCCUAUAGGAAAUUUCUACCCACAGCCCCUUCUCAAUUCCAGCAUGUGUCUGGAGGACAGCAGAUACAACUGGUCUUUCAUUCAUUGUCCAGCUUGCCAGUGCAAUGGCCACAGCAAAUGCAUUAAUCAGAGUAUCUGUGAGAAGUGUGAGAACCUGACCACGGGCAAGCACUGCGAGACCUGCAUAUCUGGCUUCUAUGGUGAUCCCACCAAUGGGGGGAAAUGUCAGUUAUGUAAGUGCAAUGGUCACGCGUCACUGUGCAAUACCAACUCGGGCAAGUGCUUCUGCACCACCAAGGGCGUCAAGGGGGACGAGUGCCAGCUUUGUGAAGUAGAAAAUCGAUACCAGGGAAACCCUCUCAAAGGAACAUGUUAUUAUACCCUUCUUAUUGACUAUCAGUUCACCUUUAGCCUGUCCCAGGAGGAUGACCGCUAUUACACAGCCAUCAAUUUUGUGGCUACACCUGAUGAACAAAACAGGGAUUUGGACAUGUUCAUCAAUGCCUCCAAAAACUUUAAUCUCAACAUCACCUGGGCCGCCAGUUUCUCAGCUGGAACCCAGGCUGGAGAAGAGAUGCCUGUUGUUUCGAAAACCAACAUUAAGGAGUACAAAGAUAGCUUCUCUAAUGAGAAGUUUGAUUUUCGCAACCACCAGAAUAUCACUUUCUUUGUUUAUGUCAGUAAUUUCACCUGGCCCAUCAAAAUUCAGAUUGCCUUCUCCCAGCACAGCAAUUUUAUGGACCUGGUACAGUUCUUCGUGACUUUUUUCAGUUGUUUCCUCUCUUUGCUCCUGGUGGCUGCUGUGGUUUGGAAGAUCAAACAAAGUUGUUGGGCCUCCAGGCGCAGAGAGCAACUUCUGCGAGAGAUGCAGCAGAUGGCCAGUCGUCCCUUUGCCUCUGUAAAUGUUGCCUUGGAAACAGAUGAAGAGCCUCCUGAUCUUAUUGGGGGAACUAUAAAGGCUGUUCCCAAACCCAUUGCCCUGGAGCCAUGUUUUUACUACAAAGCUGCUGUCCUGUCUGCAUUUGUGAGGCUCCCUCGAGGCCUUGGUGGAAUCCCUCCUCCCGGGCAGUCCGGUCUCGCAGUAGCCAGCGCCCUGGUGGACAUUUCUCAGCACCUGCCAGUGCUGUACAAAGAGAAGUUAGGAGCACUGAGAAACCGGAAGCAGCAGCCCCCUGCGCAGCCUGGGACCUGCAUUUGA